CCUGAAACCCCAGUAUGAUAUCAGGACCGUAUGAAGAGGGCACAAUUAGUCAAAAUAUACAUCACUUUAUCUUCUGAAAUAUUACUUACUUUUAUUUAAAAAGUAAUUAUUUAUUUAAACUAGAAUAUGUUUUAUCACAUAUCAUUAGAACAUGAAAUUUUAUUACAUCCUAGAUAUUUUGGACCUCAAUUGCUAGAUACUGUAAAACAAAAACUAUAUACUGAAGUGGAAGGCACUUGUACAGGAAAAUAUGGUUUUGUAGUUGCUGUAACAACAAUAGAUAAUAUAGGUGCAGGAAUAAUACAACCAGGACAAGGUUUUGUAGUAUAUCCUGUGAAGUACAAAGCUAUUGUGUUUAGACCAUUUAAGGGAGAGGUAUUAGAUGCUAUUGUAACACAAGUAAAUAAGGUUGGAAUGUUUGCUGAAAUAGGUCCACUUUCAUGUUUUAUUUCUCAUCAUUCAAUCCCAGCAGAUAUGCAGUUCUGUCCAAAUGUAAAUCCACCAUGUUACAAAUCAAAAGAAGAGGAUGUAAUUAUUCAACCAGAUGAUGAAAUAAGACUGAAAAUUGUUGGUACAAGAGUUGAUGCUACAGGCAUUUUUGCCAUUGGAACAUUAAUGGAUGAUUAUUUAGGCCUUGUGUGUAACUGAAUGAAAUAAAUGUAUCUACUGUAUUUUUUAUAUGAGAGUUU